AUGAGAGAACCACUGAUUGCUUUGUGUGGGAAGCCGUCCUCUGGCAAAUCUACUACGCUCAACUCUUUGACCUCUGAGCCGGUUGCUAAGACUGGAAGCUUCCCGUUCACGACAAUAAAACCCAACCACGGUGUAGGAUACCUGACGGUAUGCUGUGCUUGCUCACGCUACAAAAGACAAAGCGAGUGUAUGCCUCUCUAUGGUGAAUGCAAAGGCGGUCGACGAAAAAUACCCGUGCAGCUCUUGGACGUUGCUGGAUUGGUCCCUGGUGCCUCUGAAGGUCGAGGACUUGGCAACCAGUUCCUUGAUGACCUGCGUGUGGCUGCUUGCUUGGUGCACGUCGUGGACGCAUCAGGUACGACGGAUGAGCAAGGCAAAGAGUGCCGCGGCUAUGAUCCCUACCGAGACGUUGCUUGGCUACAAAGCGAGAUUGUCCAAUGGAUCUACAAGAAUCUCGAGAAGAAAUGGGCUUCCAUCAUCCGACGACACGUUGCAACGAAGAGUACGCCCAUUGACACACUAGCUGCCCAGUUUUCUGGUUAUGGUGGCAAGCCUUCUGCGCACCUCGCAAGGGUAUUCCAGAAGCUUGGUCACAAUGCCGAGGAGGCCAAGAUCGAACGUUGGAGUCUUGAGCAGGUGGAACACAUGGUGGAAUUCUAUGUCCAGAUACGCUUUCCGACUGUCUUGUCUCUCAACAAGAUUGAUCAUGCAGACUCUGCGGAAAACAUUGCCAAGAUUGCAAAACACCAGGAUCCAGAGUCGAUUGUCUUGACAUCAGCCGUCGCUGAAAAUCUGCUUCGAAAACUGGCAAAGCAACGCUUCAUUCGCUAUGAGGAAGGAACAGAGUUUGUGGACACCAAGGAGGACUUGGGGCCAGACGAGGCCGAUACGCUGCUAGAGAUGGAUGAACGGACCAAGCAGAGGGUGGAGAAUUUACGAGACAUGGUGCUCUACCGGUACGGCUCAACGGGAGUCUCAAAUAUUCUACAAAAGGCCUGUGCAAUGCUUGAGCUGACGCCUGUGUACCUCGUCAAGAAUGCGCAAUUUGGACACAAUGACAAGCAGCAUGGCAUCUUCAGGGAUGUGGCGCUAGUGAAGAUUGGCACGCGGAUAGGCGACAUUGCAGCGAACAUCUCCAAGGCCGACCUCGUGUAUGCCGAGACUGCAGGUGGUGUGCGCGUGGGUGCUGACGAUCUGCUACAGCCUGGUGUGAAUGACAUUUUACUAUUCAAAUUUGUUUGA